AUGGCCGUGGCCGUGGCCGUGGGACACACCCUCAGGCCAGGGACCCUCCCCAGCCUGUCCGAGAUCGGGGACCCCGCGGAGGCCGUCAGGAAGGAGGAGAAGAAGAUGAAAGCUGCUCGCCUCAAGUUUGACUUCCAAGCCGAGUCACCCAAGGAGCUGACGCUGCAGAAGGGGGACAUCGUCUACAUCCAUAAGGAGGUGGACAGGAACUGGCUGGAGGGCGAGCACCAUGGCCGCGUGGGCAUCUUCCCCUCACCGCCUCCGUGGAGGUGAAUCCUGCCCCCCACGGAGGUGCCCAAGCCCAUCAAGGCACCCACCAUCCAGGUGCUGGAGUACGGCGAGGCCCUGGCGCUCUACAACUUCCGAGGGGAGCUGCCCGUCGAGCUCUCCUUCCGCAAGCUGCCCCGCGCCGGUGCCCCAAUCCCCUCACCGAUCCCCACCGGCCCCUCACACCCUGCGGCCGCCCAUCCCCAGGAGCCCUGGCGCCCGGCCUGGCCCCCCGAGCAGCAUGCAGCCCCGGGGGCACCCACCAGCACCCGCCCCGAGCCUGCCCCGUCCUACAAUGGCUCUGAAAUCCAGUGGACCCCGUACCGGGCGCUGUACCAGUACCGGCCCCAAAACGCCGACGAGCUGGAGCUGCUGGAGGGGGACCGGGUGGACGUCAUGCAGCAAUGCGACGACGGCUGGUUCGUGGGCGUGUCCAGGAGGACGCAGAAAUUCGGCACUUUCCCUGGCAAUUACGUGGUGCCGGUGUGACCCGCGGCGUGGAGAAGAGGAGCCCGGCGGGCGGUGUGGGGCUGGGGGCUCCCUGCCGUCCCGCCUCGGCCACCCUGCGUCCCCUCUGCGUCCCCUCCGUGUCCCCCCACGGGGACGAAGUGCCUCCAGCUCCCUCCCGCCCCUAUGGGGCUGCCUCUAACAGGGACCAAUCCCCCCCCCUGCGCGGGGGGGGUGUCCCCAACCCCAGUGCCUUAAUCCGACCCCUCCUCACUGCUGCCUGGUGCCUUAUCGCCCACUGUCCCGGUGGCUGUAGCUCCCCUCCCCUCUCCAG